GCCUUUUCUUUGGACCAAAAUUCCAGCUCACAAGAUUUAACCCAAACACCCUUUACUCAUUUCACGUCUGUCUCGUCCCUCUCUCUCUCUCCCUCUCUCUUUUCCUGUUCUUCAUUAUCAUAGCAGAGAAGAAUGCAAACCCAUGUAUAAAACUACAAGCCAAGCCGAAUCACAUUGCCACACGAGCAAGCCAUAGAUCCAAAGUUUUAAGCUUUUUAACCAAAUAAACAAAACCCAUUCAGUCAAAUCCUCCAACUUUCUCAACCCGCCAUUGAAAUGGGUGGUCUGAGAGAGUCAUGGUGCUUCUGCAAAGGAGUGAGCAAGUCUGAGAAAAUGAAGGCCGCCAUUUUCUCCGGCAAGGCUCCGGCCAUGGCCAGAAUUUUCGGCCCCGGAAAUGGGAUCUCCGGUACCGGAUUCCUGAUCCACAGAAGCCUCCUAUUGACCACCCACGUCAACCUUCCGUCCGUGGCAGCUGCGGAGAGCUCCGAGAUCCGGCUGCAAAACGGUGUCGCUGCAACUCUCGUUCCCCAAAGAUUUUUCAUCACCAGCUCCAUUUUAGAUCUUACAAUAGUAGGUUUGGAUGCGGUGGAUGGAGAUUCAAAUGCCCAUUGCCACCCUCACCACUUGAAGACCUGCUCUAAACCAACCCUGGAUCUGGGCAGUGUAGUUUACCUUCUAGGCUACACAGAGAAAAAGGAAUUAACAGUAGGCGAAGGUAAGGUAGUGAUAGCCACUGACAAUCUCAUAAAAUUGUCGACUGAUGGAGUGAUGUGGAGCCCUGGUUCAGCUGGAUUUGAUGCGCAAGGAAAUCUUGCAUUUAUGAUAUGUGAUCCUAUGAAAUUAGCAACAUCGCCAAACACCAAAUCCUCAUCAACUUCGUCAUCAUCAACGUCAUCAUGGAAGAAGGAUCUUCCUAUGCAAUUUGGUAUCCCCAUUCCAAUAAUUUGUGAUUGGUUAAAUCAGCACUGGGAAGGUAGCCUUGAUGAUCUUAACAAGCCUAAGCUACCACUCAUUCGAUUAAUGUCUUCUGGCCAGAAAAGUGAGCACUCUUGUGCUUCCUUCACACAGCGGCGGGUUUUUAAGUCAACUGAAGCUGAUAAUGAUGGAACAACUUCUUCAUCAAACACAGUCUCAAAAACAAGGGACCAGCCUAGACCAAGCUGCUCUGCUGCAGCAAACACUGUUGAAGAAGAGGCCCUAACAAGUGAUCCUCAUGCUGCCCAUGUACAGGGCAUUCCUACUCCAGAAAUCUAUGAAUCACCCAAGUUAACAGCUAUUCCUAUUAGGAGAAAAGAAGGUUCCCCGAUUCAGCUAUUGGACAUUAAUUUUCCCCCAAGGGUUGCAAAACCAGCAGUUCUGCCACAGCCGACCAAAAAGUUACCACCGAAUUCUGAUGAGAAUUUUGUCAAGGUGCCUCCACCGCGAAGCCCAAUAAGAGAAGAACACCAAAUUAAGAACAGAGGACCAACCAGUCCUGACGCUGAUGCUGAAAUUGCCUCAACAGGUUCUGUAAAUGGGGCCCAAAGUGAGGUUCAGUCUAGUUCAUUCCCACUAGAAGUUUCAGAUAUGCAGAAUGGGUAUAGCAGUGAAGGAGAGACUAUGUACUCCGCAGAAACUGCUGAGAGUCGAAAUUAUACUAGUCCUGCAGAGGGAAAGUUUCAACAAGUGGGAAGGAGCCAAAGUUGUGUGAAUUAUAAUAGAUGGGGAGCCGCGCAAAGUAAUCCAGUGGCUCGCAGGGCAUUGCUAGAAAAGCAAAGGAGCUUUAUCCAUGGAAGGAAGAUGCAUUCACAAGGGGCAACUUCUCAAAGGAGCAAUGACUACUACAGCCCAACUGUCUCCUCAAUCAUGAAGAAGCGCAACUCAGAGCAGCCCGUCAGACCCCGGCAAAGUGCUGUUCAUUCCUCUCCGAAAUGGAAUUUCUAAGUGAUUCUUGACAAAGAUGAUACCUGAAAGUGAUUAACAACGAAAAUAUAGUGUUUUGUGGUGUUUGAGUUAACGCCCAUUUCUUUCCACUAUGGUAUAGUGUACAAAUUUGUUGUGACUGUGAAGAGACAGAUCAGGUGAAUAAGAAAAUUCAGCAUAUUGUAAUUUUGCACGUGAGGAGUCAUGUAGUUACUGGUUACAUAUCAUCUAUAAAUUUAUUUUUUGAGGGGUAAAA